AUCGCGGCUAGAAAAGUAAUAUAACUUUCUGCCAGUGGUCGUUAUUUUCCAACUUGGUUUUUAUUAAGAAAACACAGUAGUUCGAGCAUGAAAUUAAUACAUUUAUUUUGAGUGAAACCGCACUCAAUAUCCUGUGAAUGUGCGCAUACGAGAAUAAGCAAUAGUAAAGUGUAUCCUGGAAUUUUGGCAAACAUAUACAAGUGCAUACGAAAAGACAUACACGCAUACAUACAUACUUGUUCGUUAAAUAAAAUCAAAUCCGUGACCAUUUAGAUAAUCUUCAAAACAUUAAUAACCCGUUUUCAGUGCUAAAUGAAAUAUGAGACUAUCAAAUAUCCCCGAAAAUAUCCUUUAACUUAGGUAUACCGUGUACGCAACUAUUGCAAAAUAUAUAAACCUAUGUGUUAUACAUACAAUGUUAUAUCCCGUGUAGAUGUGUAAUUGAGUGCUCGUGCACAAGUGUUGGUGUGCUCAUCUUCCGUGAAAAUUCAGAUGAUAAAAUGUAACUUCUAACCAAUUAAACGUAUCAAUCUGCAAUAGUGGCCAAUAGCGGACUAGAUAUGAAAGUCAUUAAGUCGAUGUAAUCAACAACUAACCAGUGCUAUUCCAAUAAUUAUACAACAUGGAGUUACUGCUGCUGUUUAUGCUAGCACUUCAACUUAUAGAAUCCAGCAUCGGAAGUAAAGAUGUACCAAUUCACCAAAUUGAAUCUAUAGUUGGUGAAAAUAUUUAUCUUCCUUGCAAUGUAACGACUUAUGAUGGCGAUGAGCCUGUGCUGGUUCUGUGGUACCGAGAUGAUAAGGGUACUCCAAUUUACAGCAUCGACAUUCGAGCUGGAGUAUCCAAAGCACCGAAGAGAUGGUCGGACGAUUCCGUAUUUGGGGAUAGAGCAUAUUUUAUCUUUGACAAGGAACCGGGAAAACUGUCAAUUCAGAAUACGCAAGCAUCCGACUCCGGAACUUAUAGAUGUCGCGUAGACUUCCUGAAAGCGCAGACCAUAAACAGCCGCAUCAGGCUCAAUGUCAUAUCUCCACCCAAGCAAGUUAUUAUUCGAGACAGCUCCAAUGUUGAGCGUUCUACAGUUGUGGGACCAUAUAGCGAAGGCGACAUCGUAUCCCUGAAAUGCCAAGUAAUUGGAGGCUAUCCCACGCCCACCAUCAGUUGGUAUCGCGAUGGCAUAGAAAUUCCCUGCGAAUUGUCUCAUUUGGCAGGAGGCAAAAUUAUAGAGUGCGAAAUCACGCUACCAUCUCUGGGUCGGGAGGAUCUUAACUCCCGACUCACCUGCCGGGCACUGAGCCACCCACGGGCACCCAUCGUCGAGGCGGUGGUUCAAAUCGAUAUGAAUUUUGCCCCUUUAAACAUCCGACUGUUGGGGGCACAUCAACCAUUGUCUGCUGGACGCAGAUACGAUCUAUUGUGCCAAAGUGCUGGCUCCAGGCCGCCGGCCGUAAUUACUUGGUGGCAAAAUGGCAUACGGCUGGAGAAGACAACCGAAACGACUUCAAGCGAUGGCAACCAGACCACAAGCACUCUCUCAAUCAGUCUAAGCAAAUCAGAUGCGGGAAAGUAUUUAUCAUGCAAAGCCUACAACCAUGCCGUUCCCUCCGAGCCCUUGGAAGAUGGCUGGAAAUUAGAUAUACAAUAUGUCCCGGAGGCAUACGUUCGUUUGGGAACAUCUCUGGAUCCGAGCACUUUACGAGAAGGAACAGACGUCUACUUUGAUUGCCUGGUGAUGGCCCAUCCAAAUGUCUUUCGCAUCGAAUGGCGUCACAACGAACAACCGUUAUCACACAAUAUAUCGCAGGGCGUCAUAAUUAGUAACCACUCGUUGGUACUGCAAGGUGUAACGAGAGCCACUGCCGGAAACUAUUCCUGUGUGGGUUUCAAUGCCGAAGGAGAAGGAAUCAGUGCUCCCUUUGCACUAAACAUACUCUACGCCCCCACGUGUGCCCAGAAUCAGAAGAAGGUGUACGGCAUAGCCAAGCAGGAGGAUGCGAAGGUCAUGUGCACCGUGGACGCCAAUCCGCGCGAGGUUGAGUUUAGCUGGACGUUUAAUAAUUCUGCGGAGAGUAUUGAUGUCGCCACAAAUCAUAUUAUACGCUCGGGUACCACCUCCAUUGUAACAUACACACCCAUCACGGAACUGGACUAUGGAACCCUUUUGUGUUUGGCGUCGAACAAAAUUGGCAAACAGCGAGUGCCGUGUGUCUUCCAUAUAAUCGCAGCAGGUCGACCGGAAAAGGUUCAUAAUUGCACGGUGAACAAUAUAUCCAUGACAUCCUUGACGGUCACUUGUAGUGAUGGUUUCAAUGGCGGCUUGCCACAGAAUUUUAAUUUAGAACUGCUGGACUCUUACACACAAGAAAUUAAAGCUAACAUAACAUCCACUAUUCCCAAGUUUACGGUGCCAGGCUUGAGUCCGGGAAGUAUAUAUAGGCUAAAUAUUUACGCGUUCAAUACGAAGGGUCGAUCCGAUCCAGCUAUUGUCAAUGCGGCCAUGCUGCGAAUGCCCGAGAAGCAACUGACCUCGGAACAGACCCACAAUCUUCGCGCUGAGCUGCUAUUUUCGCCAGUGAUGUCCUUAACAAUUGGCCUAACCCUCGCUGUGCUGGUCGCAGUUUUGGCCAUCAUUCUGGCACUUCGCAUACCCUGUACCGCAUCAUCGAGACGGCGUCAAAAGGAACUAUCGAAUGAGAAUAUAUCCAGAGAUGAGUCGCCAGGACCAAGCGACAAGAGUUCCGGCAGCAAGGAUGUGGACGAUUGCGAUGAAAAGAAUCCGGAUGUGGUGCCCGAAUCCAUUGAACCGGAUGAGCAGGCCGAGAGCAUCAGGAAAAGGCAGCAGAUAUCAACGAUUGAUACCAAUCGCAGUCCCAAUCGAGGAAUUUUCGUGAAUGAGCAACAGCAUCUGACAGCAGCCGAGAUUUCCCUGCGCGCCUCCCAUGGAAUUGGAUACUGCACCCUGAGGAGUGGAAUGCACGCCCAGGCCCAGAGUUCGGUGGGCGAAAUAUCAAUAAACGUAACGCCACACGUGUACUCCAACUCGAUCUCGCAAUGCACUCUGCCGCGUCAGUCGUCGCAGAACGUGUGGAACAACUACAACUGCAACAUCACCGGAGCGAGGCCGACCUCCACGUUCCACCAGCUGACCUUUCCCCAGGGCAGGGUCAAUGUCGGUGGCCACAAUCCGGCGCAGCCGAUCCAUGGACACGCACCGUCGCCGUCGCAGGCAUCCAAUAGCUCCAUGGCCUCGUCGACGAACACAUUGCCCCAGCCACAUCCCCAUGGACGAACCAUCGCCAUGCACCACAUGAACCAGGCCCAGUGUGGCAGAGUGUGCAUCGGAGUCGCCAGCGAUGGCAUCCACUGCGCCGAGCAGAAUCUAUCCGACGACGAGGUCACCGUCCAAACUCCAUUAAUGAUAAAGCGCGACAGCACCGUAUGACUAUAGAAAUUCCACAGGGUAUUCGACACGCCCCUGUGAUUAGGAUUUACAAUUUUCUGUAUUCUGCAUUUCGAAACUCAAUAGAAUAAACUUUUUAUACCACUUUAUUAUCGAAAAUACAACAAUAUUCUGGAGAGAUCAAUUAUUUUCGGCCAAAUAUGAAGUGUUAGUUUUAAACGUUGUUAAUUAUAAGUUAUGGUACACGACAUCAAUAUCCAAUGAAAUAACUAAUAGGUUUUAAAUUGUGCAAGCAGAACACAGAGGUUUACUUGUGGCCAAUGCAAAUACUUUAAAUGCAGUUUUUAAAAAUCCUAGAC